UCGUACCACAGAUCUCGCGCACUCCGCGCUCGUGAAACAAACAAACCAAAAACCCGGCUUCACUGAGGUACACAGCUCGGCUUCACUUUUUGAGGACAGUACCACCAUGGAUGCCUUGCGAGCAGUCGCUUUUUACACACUGUUCAUUUUCCUGUGGAGUUUACCGUGUUGCCAGUCAGCUGCGCUUAUAUCGUCGAAAAGGAGCAAGGGUGGCAGGAGCGCAUAUGAUGGACAAAGGUCACACAAAUUUCUUAAAGAGAUUUUCGCAUCCUCCCCGGGCACAAGUCGUAGGGACGAUUUAAAGGACCCGGUUGUGCCACACGACUACAUGAUAUCUAUAUACAGGACUUAUUCCGCCGCUGAAAAACUUGGACUCAAUGCAAGUUUUUUCCGAUCUUCAAAGUCGGCAAAUACUAUAACGAGUUUUGUGGACAGGGGAAAAGACGAUCUCGUGCUCUCUCCUUUGCGAAGACAAACGUAUCUGUUUGAUGUCUCAACUCUCUCAGACAAAGAAGAGCUGAUCGGGGCUGAAUUAAGGAUAUUUCGAAAAGCGCCUGGGGAUUUCCUAGCGUCCCAGUCAGGCGUCUACAACCUUCAUUUACUCUCAUGUCGAUCAGAGAGGCCGCUGGGUUCCAGGUCCCUUGAUCUCCAGGAUUCCCGAAAACCAGAAUGGGAGGUUCUGGACGUAUGGGGGAUUUUCAAGAACAGGCAUCAUUCAGCCCAAGGGAAUCAGCUUUGUCUUCAGCUCAAGGCGACGCAUGGCAAAUCCGACGCGGAAAUCGAUUUAAAGCAACUGGGUUUCCACCGACACGGCCGAUCACAGCAAGAAAAGGCGAUAUUGGUGGUGUACACGCGAUCUAAAAAGAGGGAGAACCUGUUCAAUGAGAUGAAAGAGAAGAUCAAGUCUCGGGGAGAAGAGGAGGAGGAGGACGACGAGAGCGCGCUUCAGUUUAAAGCGAGGCGCAGACGGAGAACUGCGCUCAACAAUCGCCACGGGAAAAGACACGGGAAAAAGUCAAAAUCGAGAUGUAGCAAAAAAGCGUUGCAUGUCAAUUUCAAAGAGCUGGGCUGGGACGAUUGGAUCAUCGCGCCCCUCGAUUACGAAGCAUACCAUUGCGAGGGCGUGUGCGAUUUCCCCUUGAGGUCGCACCUGGAGCCGACCAACCACGCCAUCAUUCAAACGCUCAUGAACUCCAUGGACCCCAACAGCACGCCACCGAGCUGUUGCGUUCCCACCAAACUCAGCCCCAUCAGUAUACUGUACAUAGACUCUGGAAACAAUGUUGUUUAUAAACAAUACGAGGACAUGGUGGUAGAGCAGUGUGGCUGCAGGUAGCGAAUCAUACAAACCAAGGCAUGAAAACUUGAAUAGAGGCGACGUGAACCCGAAUCUGUCCAGAACGAAGCCAAGACGAGACAUGAAGCAUUGGAGACGAUUACAUUUGCGCAUUCUUACCUGUGCAAAAGGGAUUCUUCAUCCUACCUGGAGACAUUCCAUUUGACAAUUAAUCUGACCAUUAACAAUAGCAAAUAGUUUGCUUGUGGCAAGAUAGUAUAUCUUAUAUUUAAAAUAAAUCCCCUUUAGGGUUUACUUUUGUAAUUACGCGUAAAACAUUUCCAAAAAACGCAGACGUUUUAAGAAAUAUUCCUCCAAUGAAUCGUCUCAAGGCAGGCAGAAGAAAAGCCAGAUUUAGUCCGUAACCGUCUGGACAGGAUUCACUGAGGAUUAGGUUACACCAUUAUCUCUGUGGACUCAGAAGAAUGGGCAGACGGGCACCUGUUCAAACGGAAAGGCUCUCUCACUCAUGGUCUAUAGUUAUAUGGAUAAUAUAUGCUAUGUGGAAAAAAAAGGCAGUGACCCUCGCCUCUACAGUCACCAAUGUCCUGGAAACGCUUUAUUACGACCAAAUUAUACGGCAUGGAAAGAAAGAGUGCAGAUGCGUUUCUACUUCAUACCUGCAGAGAGAAAUAGAAGCCAACUGUUGCUUUCAAGGAGGUCGAUAUCUGAAAAUAAACUUUUCAAGUGCCUGGACAUUUGAUUGUAGGUUACGAAGCCUUACAAUUUGCAAUUUCACGUGGAAUCGACAAACAAAGAGAUUUGCAAGAGAUGAAAAAUGUAAAUCCAUCAAUGCAUAUUUACAAAUGCACUUCCACAGCAACUAACUGUCCAAGUCUGGAAGGAUCAUUUUUUUCCUGACUUAUAGACUUACAAGGAAAAAGAGACUCGCACGCGAGAUUAUAUUUAAAUGCACAUUAGCUUUGAAUGCACUGUUGUUCAUUUUUUUUCUUUUUUUGAGCUGUAAAUAUUUGUAAAGUAAAACGUAAAAGUGCAACGUAUGAAGAAAUGAGAAAACAUUUCUUUGUUAAUGUACAUUUAUAAAUGCACUCAAAUCGCUAUAAUUUCUAUUCUAUAAUUAUUUUAUUAUUUGUGAUGUACAGAGUUUCAUGAUAAUCGUGUAUUUCUUACGCUGAUAAAACGAAAUUAAUUUAAAAUGUAUUCAUUAUUGCUGAGGGUGAAAAUACCAUUAUCGAUGUCUACCUCAUAAUUGCAUAGAAUCUGAGUUUUGAGGUGCAUUCAACUAGAGUUUAAGGUUUUUCCCAAUUAUAUAUAAAUAUAUAUAUAUUAUAUUAUAUAUAUAUACAGUAUAUCAAUGGAUAAUAAUCCACAC